AUGGCGCAAGCACAGCAGAUCGCCUUGGAGCGACUGGAGCAAGUCUCCCGCGGCCUCAAGUCAAAGGUUAGCGACGAUUUGCGAAAGCGAUCCGCCGUUCAGCUUCGCGAGCUCGUAGUUAUUUGCCAUCGAGACCUUAGCCCCGAAUUGUUCCAGUCCUUCUACAACGCAGUCAACAACAGGAUUACACAGCUCAUCACACAUGGAAGCGACUCUUCCGAGCGACUCGGCGGUAUCUACGCUCUCGAUGCGCUCAUCGACUUCGAAGGCGUCGAUGUCGCCGUUAAAUACACGCGUUUCACCCAGAAUCUAAAGACGAUCCUCCGUGGAAAAGACAUUAACCCUAUGCAACCAGCCGCAAUCGCGCUUGGAAAGUUAUGUCGACCCGGCGGAUCGAUGAUAUCGGAGGUGGUGGAUUCAGAGGUCAACACAGCACUCGAAUGGCUACAGAACGACCGCGUGGAAGAGCGACGAUAUAGUGCCGUCCUCGUCCUGCGUGAAUUGGCCCGCAGCGCCCCAACGCUCAUGUAUCAAUACAUCCCGACAAUUUUUGACUGGAUCUGGAUUGGUCUUCGAGACUCCAGACAGCUCAUCCGGGCGACAUCUGCGGAAACAGUUAGCGCCUGCUUCCGAAUCCUUCGCGAACGAGACCAAGAGAUGAAGCAGCGGUGGAUGAGCAAUAUUUACAACGAAGCGAAGCAGGGUCUCAAGGUCAACACCGUUGAAUCCAUCCACGGUUCAUUACUCGUCUUGAAAGAGCUUCUCGAGCAGGGCGCCAUGUACAUGCAGGAGCAUUACCAACAAGCGUGUGAGAUUGUCUUUAAGCACAAGGACCACAGAGACCCGACCAUUCGAAAGACAGUGGUCCUCUUGAUCCCCGACCUUGCUAGUUAUUCUCCGGCCGAUUUCGCGCACACAUGGCUACACAAGUUUAUGGUGUACCUGUCGGGCAUGCUCAAGAAGGACAAGGAGAGAAACGAUGCUUUCCUGGCAAUCGGUAACAUUGCCAAUUCGGUCAAGAGCGCCAUUGCUCCUUAUCUUGACGGUGUUUUGAUCUACGUACGCGAAGGUCUCAGCGUGCAGUCCCGUAAGAGGGGAUCAGUCGAUCCGGUAUUCGACUGUAUCAGUCGUCUCGCCGUGGCUGUAGGCCAGACGCUCAGCAAGUAUAUGGAGGCACUGUUGGAUCCCAUCUUUGCAUGCGACCUUACCCCUAAACUGACACAGGCCCUUGUUGAUAUGGCUUUCUACAUCCCUCCAGUCAAACCCACAAUCCAAGAACGAUUACUCGAUAUGCUCAGUGUGGUGCUCUGCGGCGAACCCUUCAAGCCGCUCGGUGCGCCUCACCCCAACACUCUUACCUCCGUUCCAAUUAUUCCCAAGGACGCCAAGGAUCCUCUCGCUUAUGAGCAUCGAAGGGCCGAGGUCAAGCUGGCGCUCAACACUCUUGGCAGCUUCGAUUUCUCCGGACAUGUUUUGAACGAGUUCGUCCGGGAUGUCGCAAUCAAGUACGUCGAAGAUGAAGACCCAGAAAUUCGGGAGGCGGCUGCUUUGACAUGCUGUCAACUCUACGUCCGCGAUCCUAUUGUCAACCAGACCAGUUAUCAUGCACUCCAGGUAGUCGGGGAUGUUAUAGAAAAACUUCUCACUGUCGGAGUCUCAGAUCCUGAACCAAACAUAAGAAGAACGGUCCUGGCAGCUCUCGACGAACGAUUCGAUCGACACUUGGCCAAGGCCGAGAACAUCCGCAUUCUUUUCUUCGCGCUCAACGAUGAGGUCUUUUCCAUUAGGGAAGUCGCCAUCUCUAUCAUUGGCCGUUUGGCUAGAUACAAUCCAGCCUAUGUUAUUCCUUCGCUACGAAAGACGCUCAUCCAACUACUCACUGAGCUGGAAUUCUCCGACGUGGCCCGCAACAAAGAGGAGAGCGCUAAGCUAUUGAGUCUCUUGGUCCAGAAUGCGCAGUCUCUCAUCAAGCCAUACGUCGAGCCCAUGAUCUCGGUUCUCUUACCCAAAGCGAAAGACCCCAACCCGUCGGUGGCUGCCACCAUCCUCAAGGCUAUCGGUGAGCUCGCGACUGUUGGUGGCGAGGACAUGAUGCCAUACAAAGACCGAUUGAUGCCUCUCAUUCUUGAUGCGCUACAAGACCAAAGCUCCAAUGCGAAGAGAGAGGCCGCCUUGCACGCACUUGGACAGCUUGCAAGCAACUCCGGAUACGUCAUUUUACCAUAUAUCGAGUACCCUCAACUUCUAGAAAUCUUGCAGAGCAUCAUCAGAACCGAAGGGCAACGAGUGCCAUUGCGACAAGAAACCAUCAAACUUAUGGGUAUUCUCGGUGCGCUGGAUCCUUACAAACACCAGGCCGAAGAACGAACUCCUGAUUCACGAAAUGGCGAGGCCACUCAAUUGACCGACAUCUCUCUCAUGAUGACCGGCCUGACACCAUCGAACAAGGAGUACUUCCCUACCGUCGUCAUUAAUGCCCUCCUCCAAAUCUUGAAGGAUUCAUCCCUCGUCCAGCACCACGCCGCUGUGAUUGAAGCAAUUAUGAACAUCUUCCGCACUCUGGGCUUGGAGUGUGUGUCUUUCCUCGACCGAAUUAUCCCGGCAUUCCUUCAAGUCAUUCGAUCGGCCACCUCCACAAGGCUCGAAUCGUACUUCAACCAACUCGCUACUCUUGUCAGCAUUGUCAGACAACACAUCCGAAACUACCUGCCAUCAAUUGUCGAGAUCCUUCAAGAAUACUGGCACACCUCUCCAUCGCUGCAGACUACUAUUCUGUCGCUCGUUGAGGCUAUCUCCAGGUCGCUUGAGGGUGAAUUCAAGAUUUACCUCGCUGGUCUCUUGCCGUUGAUGCUUGGAGUCUUGGACAAGGAUAACUCUGCUAAGCGCACGCCAUCUGAGAGGGUUAUGCACGCUUUCUUAGUGUUUGGUGCCAGCGCGGAGGAGUACAUGCAUCUCAUCAUCCCAGUUAUAGUCCGCACAUUCGAGAAACAGGGUCAGCCUACAUUUAUUAGAAAGCAGGCCAUCGACACCAUUGGCAAAAUCUCUCGACAAGUCAACCUUAAUGACUACGCCGCAAAGAUCAUCCACCCUCUCACACGUGUGUUGGACAUGGGUGAGCCUGUGCUACGAACCGCGGCUCUGGAUACCCUCUGUGCUCUCAUUCAGCAAUUAGGUAAGGACUACCUGCACUUCAUGGGCACCGUCAACAAGACCAUCAACCAGCACCAAAUCCAGCACUCCAACUACGAGCUGCUUGUGAGCAAGCUCCAGAAGGGAGAAGUUUUGCCACAGGACCUCAGCUCGGGGGCUGGUUUUGGCGAUGGAGCCGACGAGGCUACCUUUGCCGACCAAGGCACGAAGAAGCUAGAGAUGAAUGCCAUUCACCUCAAGGCUGCCUGGGAUACAAAGGGCAAGUCGACCAAGGAGGAUUGGCAAGAGUGGCUACGACGCUUCAGUACUACUCUACUUACAGAAUCACCGAACCACGCCCUUCGAGCUUGCGCCAGUCUUGCGAGCGUAUACCUUCCUCUUGCUCGCGAGCUGUUCAAUUCUGCGUUUGUGUCUUGUUGGAGUGAACUAUAUGAGCAGUUCCAAGACGAGCUCAUCCAGAAUAUUGAGAGCGCAAUCAAGUCCGAGAACGUUCCACCGGAUCUGUUGGGUCUUUUGCUCAACCUCGCUGAGUUCAUGGAGCAUGACGACAAGGCUUUGCCGAUCGACAUCAGAGUCCUGGGUAGGGAGGCUGCUCGUUGUCACGCGUACGCAAAGGCUUUGCACUACAAGGAACUCGAGUUCCUGCAGGAUCAGAGCAGUGGUGCUGUCGAGGCUUUGAUCGUUAUCAACAAUCAGCUCCAACAGUCUGAUGCUGCCAUUGGUAUUCUUCGCAAAGCUCAACUGUAUAAGGAAGGCAUUCAGCUUCGAGAGACCUGGUUCGAGAAGUUGGAGCGUUGGGAAGAAGCGCUUGCGUUUUACAACAAGCGUGAGGAGGAAGUGCCCGAGGAUCAAGCAAUUCCCGUCGACAUUGUUAUGGGAAAGAUGCGUUGUUUGCAUGCCUUGGGAGAGUGGGAGGCACUGGCUUCGCUGACUGGCAGCACCUGGGCCAACUCUACACCAGAAGUCCAAAGGAUGAUUGCACCUUUGGCAACAGCUGCCGCUUGGGGUCUCAACAAGUGGGAUUCCAUGGACAACUACCUUUCAUCGCUCAAGAGGUACUCACCUGAUCGUUCAUUCUUUGGUGCCAUUCUGGCUCUCCACCGAAACCAGUUCCGCGAGGCCAUAGCGUGUGUCACGCAAGCUCGUGAAGGUCUGGAUACCGAGUUGAGUGCCCUGCAAUGCGAUGAGAAGAAGCAGGCCAUUAUGAGACGAACCUGGGAAACACGACUUAAGGGUUGUCAAAGGAACGUCGAGGUUUGGCAGCGCAUGCUCAGGCUACGUGCUAUAGUGAUUGCACCAACUGAGAACAUGCACAUGUGGAUCAAGUUCGCCAACCUUUGCCGCAAGUCUGGUCGAAUGGGUCUCGCCGAAAAGUCACUCAAACAACUUAUCGGAACAGACGCUCCUUUGGAGUCUAUGAUUCCCUACUGGAACGAUCAGCGACAACCCGGACCUGGUCCUAGAAGCGCGCCGGCAGCACAGGUCAUCUACGCUGUGCUCAAGUACCAAUGGGAGACUGGACAACAAGCUGCCAAGAAGACAAACAUCCCCGAAAAGACACUGUACUGCUUGCGCAAGUUUACUAAUGAUGCUGCGCAGAGAUUGGAUAUCACCAGGGCCCAUCUCAAUGCUCAAGUGGGCAGUGAAGUCAACAUCACGGGCGACUACGGCUUCCAGAACCCUAUGGAUCCUACGAUUAUGAGCCCUCAGACCCAGCGGGCGUUGUAUGAACAAACGGUCCUGUUGGCCAAGUGCUACUUGAGACAGGGAGAAUGGCUGAUUGCACUCAACAAGGACGACUGGCAAUACACUCAGGUCCAAGACAUCCUCACCUCUUACUCUCAGGCGACCAAGUACAACCCUCGUUGGUACAAGGCUUGGCACGCUUGGGCACUGGCAAACUUUGAGAUCGUGCAGACUCUUACAGCCCAGAACGAAGGAACCUUAUCGAGGGCGGAUCAAUCCAUGGUGAUUGAACACGUGGUACCAGCUGUCAAGGGCUUCUUCAAGUCGAUCGCGCUGUCUGAAGGAAGCUCGCUGCAGGACACUCUUCGUCUGCUCACUCUCUGGUUCACUCAUGGAGGCAGCGCGGAUGUCACUUCAGCUGUCACAGAAGGCUUUGCUAAUGUCAGCGUCGACACGUGGCUGGAGGUCAUUCCCCAGUUGAUUGCACGAAUCAACCAGCCUAACAAGCGCGUUCAGCAAUCGGUGCAUAACUUGCUUGCCGAUGUUGGACGAGCUCAUCCUCAAGCUUUGGUGUAUCCUCUCACCGUCGCCAUGAAGUCCUGGCAGAACACCAGGCGAUCUCGUUCCGCAGCUCAAAUUAUGGAUAGCAUGCGACAACAUAGCGCAAACUUGGUCGCUCAGGCAGACAUUGUCAGCCACGAACUCAUUCGCGUGGCCGUCUUGUGGCACGAGCUUUGGCAUGAGGGACUCGAAGAAGCCUCGCGCUUGUACUUUGGCGAUCACAACAUUGAAGGCAUGUUUGCCACUCUGGAGCCUCUACACGAGCUUCUUGAGCGUGGACCCGAGACUCUUCGUGAGAUUUCGUUCGCGCAAGCAUUUGGUCGCGACCUUAAGGAGGCUCAAGACUGGUGCAGACAAUACGAGACAAGCCAAGACGUCAACGACCUGAACCAGGCAUGGGAUUUGUACUACCAGGUAUUCCGCAGAAUAAGCAGGCAGUUACCUCAGGUUACAACUCUCGAGUUGACGUACUGUUCACCCAAAUUGCUCAACGCAAAGAACCUCGACCUCGCUGUGCCGGGAACAUACAAGAGCGGGCAGCCUAUUGUCCGUAUCAUGUCUUUCGACACGACGUUUAGCGUUAUCAACUCUAAGCAGCGCCCGCGAAAGCUUAAUGUCAAUGGCAGCGACGGAAAGUCGUACGCCUUCCUUCUCAAGGGUCACGAAGAUAUUCGUCAGGAUGAAAGAGUCAUGCAGCUGUUUGGUCUCUGCAAUACCCUCCUAUCGCACGACUCGGAAUGCUUCAAGCGUCACCUCAACAUCCAGCGCUACCCAGCUAUUCCUCUGUCGCAAAACAGUGGUCUGCUCGGAUGGGUUCCCAACAGUGACACCCUCCACGUCCUUAUCAGGGAGUACCGAGAGAGUCGCAAGAUUUUGCUGAAUAUCGAACAUCGAAUCAUGCUCCAGAUGGCUCCCGAUUACGACAACCUGACCCUGAUGCAAAAGGUCGAGGUCUUUGGUUACGCCUUGGACAACACCACCGGCCAAGAUCUCUACCGUGUAUUAUGGCUCAAGUCAAAGUCGUCCGAGGCUUGGCUCGAGAGGCGAACAAACUACACUCGCUCGCUCGGUGUCAUGUCCAUGGUCGGCUACAUUCUCGGAUUGGGUGAUCGUCACCCGUCCAACUUGAUGCUUGACCGUGUCACCGGAAAGAUUAUCCACAUCGAUUUCGGUGAUUGUUUUGAGGUUGCGAUGAAGCGUGAAAAGUACCCCGAGCGGGUUCCUUUCCGUCUGACCCGAAUGUUGACCUAUGCCAUGGAGGUCAGCAACAUUGAGGGUAGUUUCAGAAUCACAUGUGAGAACGUAAUGAGGGUAUUGAGAGACAACAAGGAAAGCGUCAUGGCUGUUCUCGAAGCGUUCAUCCAUGACCCUCUCCUCACAUGGCGUCUAACAAACGCCCCCUCCCCAGCAGGCCCCAACUUCCGCAACGACAGAGACACCGCCAUGCCCGUGCCCGGCGGCGUCCGCGCCCGUCGCCAAUCCAUCCUCGACAGCGACGUCGCCCCCUCCGAACUCCUCAACGCUCCCGAACCAUCCAUCCAAACACGCGCGCGCGCCCGCACAAACAGCUCCGCCGGCGUCCCCGAGACCAACGGCGGCGCUCCAGAAGUCGAAAGCCAAAACGCGCGAGCCGUCGAGGUUCUCGAUCGCGUGCAGCAGAAGCUCACAGGUCGUGAUUUUAAGAAUAACGAGGAGCUGGAUGUUAUUAACCAGGUUAAUAAGUUGAUCAUGGAGGCGACGAAGCUGGAGAAUCUGUGUCAGCAUUAUAUCGGAUGGUGUAGUUUCUGGUAGGGGGUGUUAUUUUAACUUUUCUAACAUAGACUGUGGGAGUUUAAAGCGGUAUAAGCGGUUUCUUUUU